UUUGGAAUUGAAUGGCAUUUUGAAGCUGGUCUAGGUGUGAUGUUUCAGACAAAAUAACGGCUACUGCCUUUAUUUUGUUUUGGAGAUGGAUGAGGAUACGGGUCGCUUUUUGUACCCUGCAGAAGCCUUUGAGAAAACCCCCAGCAUCAGUGAUGGCUACACGUCGCACCAAGAGCUCAUGUAUCGCCAGAGGCUGGCCAUGCUCAUGCAGAACAUCGGCAGCAAAUCCAACCUGUCCCAGCUGGCGGUCAACACCAGUGUGAUUUACAUGCAUCGCUUCUUCAUGUACAGAAGCAUCAAGAAAGUCACUCGUGUGCACCUGGCAAUCGCCUUUGUGUUCGCUGCUGGGAAAGUGGAAGAGAGUGCCCGGAAGCUGGAGCAUUUGAUCCGCACGGCAGUCGACAUCAUCCGGUACAGCAAGAACCGAGACUUCAUUGAGAAGGGAGACGAGAAUUGCUACCACACGGAGGGCGACCACCGGCGCAGGAUGGACCCGCUGUGUGGCAGCGGCAAUGCCACAGAACCCUCGCUGUUCGCAUGCCACUGCGAGCAACAGCGCCGCCCUGGUUACAAUGGGAAGCCUGUGUGCCAGUCGCCCAAUGAGAAGGCCUUCAUGGACAUGAGGAAGCUCAUUCUCGAUUACGAGAUUGAGAUCUACUCCACCAUUGGUUUUCACCUCCAAGUGGUCCACCCCCACAAUUACGUGAUCCGAAUGUGUGCCAUGCUGGGAGGUAAGGCUCGAGAGGAAGAGUGUAGUGAGAAUGACCAGAUCCCCGUGGUUAAAAAAGCGGAGAACAUCAAGGACAUCAGCCAGUAUGCCUACAAUCUCGCCACUGCCAGCUCCCAGCUGACUGUAAUGUGUCUGAAGUACAAGCCAGACCUCAUCGCCACAGUGUGCCUCAACAUCGCAUCCAUCGCUCACUGCAUCAGGUUUAUGAACAUGAAGGACCAGACCCAUCACUGGUACCAGGUGCAUGAUCCCACCAUGGAGGUCACCGUCCUGGAAAGUGUGACGGAAGAGUUCAUGAACGUGAUCAAGGACUGCGCGCUGCUUCCCACCUGGAUGACUAGCCUGAGCAGGCAGGGUGGACGCCCGGCCGCCCCCGUCUCCAAACCCUCGUCCUCAGCAUCUUCCUCGCAGGGCAACGGCCAGCCCCCAGCCUCCUCCUCCUCCUCCCAGAGGGUGGGCCCGUCAGGCUAUGACGCUUCAGGGCAGCACAGCAGCUCCUCAUCUCACGGUCAAGGUCGCGGGAUGGCCCCCUCCGCUGAGGGCGGUGCGUUUGCCGCUGGCGGAGAUCAUCCCUCGUCUUCUCAAGGACACCGAUCUGGCUCGGGUCAGCACGGUAGACCCCACGGACCUCCAUCGGCGACGGCUGGCUCCAUGAGUGGCAUGCGACCUCCUCCGUCGUCGUCCUCCUCCCGCUCCCAUGGGGGCCCGCAGCAUCAUCCCUCGCAGCAACAACAACUCCCCCCGCACCACCGAUCUCAGAAGCCUCACGCCGGCAACAACAACAACGGCACGACACACCACUCGUCGCGCCAGAUGCCCCCCGGCUCGGCCCCCCCUGGAGUCAUGCCCCCCCAGGGUUCCUCUUCCUCCUCCCGGCAGCUGCAGCAGUCGCGACCCCCCUCGUCUGGACACUCGGCCAGUGGUCGUCCGUCCUCCCAGUACCACCCCGGCCCGCCCCACUCCGGACAGCAGCCAUCUCAUUCCACUAGUCAGCCGCAGCAACAGCAGCAGCAGCACCCUCCUCGAUCUCACGACCCCUCGCGACCCCGGGGCCCCCACGACCAGCAUCGAUCAUCCCACGACCCAUCACGCUCGUCUCACGGCCUGCCUCGCGCCGCUGACCACAGACGGCCGGACCCUAUGUCGGACUCUCGUCGGGCGCCGCCCUCUCACCCGCAAUCUAUGCAGCAGAGAGACGAUCAUCUGAGCCAUGAACGACCUCCCUCCACGCAGACAGCCCGCCCGCCCAGCCCGCCAGAAGCCACUGGCACGAACCUACCUCAGGCGGGCGACGCCCCAGACAUGAGCAGCCACCUGGCAGCAUUCACCGAGGGGAGGACCCAGAGUCCUGAAGUUGGAGGAGCGCCCGGCAGAUCACAAAAACUUCCCCCCGCCCAGGGCCCCAAGAUCUCGCUGGCUUCGUACCGCGACCGCGCCCGGUCAAAAGCUUUGGCCACCAGUCUGGAUCAGAGUGGCCAGGUUUCCGCUCCCCCUACGGAUCGAGAUGUAGCGCAGCCCCCGCCUACUUCUGCCUACCCCGGGGCGGCCAUGCUGGAGAACAUUUCCGCUGAGUCCUCUGAUCGCUCAGCUACGAACUCACCAGCAGACGUGUCCUCGCGAGUCCCGAGACUUUCCGCGUCUGGCGGUGCUGGCGAUGUGUCCUCGCCCUUCAGCGUCCCCGUAGACAGCCCGAACCCUCGCAACAAGAUCAAGCUCAAGCGCGACCCGGCCACCGGCGAGCGUCACGCCGUCAAGUACACGGACUCUGGCUUGAAAAUUAAGAUCAAACCCAUCCGCUCCGACCCGCCCGUCAGUAUCCCUGAGGAGACGGCCGGUCCUAGUGGGUCCAGCUCCCGUUCGAGCACCCCGCGAGAGGAAGGAGAGAUCGUCGACGACUCUGUAGCGCCCACUCUGACCUCCACGCCAGGAGGCAGCCAGCGAAAGCCCGAGGGGAGCAGCGGCGGUGGUCUACGGAUCCGUCUCCCCGUGCCCAAGUCCAGCGAGUCCGGCCGCGGUCGAGACGUUGAGAUGAACGGUGCAGGAAGUGACCGCGACUCUUCCUCGUCUUCCUCGGGCCACCACCACCACCACAAGAGCCACCACCACAAGAGCCACCACCACCACAACAAGAGCAAGAAGCACUCCAGCAAACACUCGAGCUCGCGCCACGAGGGCAAGUCGAGCAAGCGCUCUUCUUCCUCUGCUGUAGACUACUACGACGAGCGUCCAUCCAAACAGGCGCGCACAGGCUCUGUGGCCGCCUCGAGCUACCCGUCCUCUCUCGGCCCGGCGCCGUCGGCUACCAUGGGACUCCAGGAGGCUCAGCGUCUCGGCAUGUAUCCCGACAUGAACAGCUCCGCCGGUGGCCACCCCCACCACCCCCCUCCCCACCACCAGAACAGUGGGUUCAGCAUCAACGACGCCUUCACCUCCACCCUCCCCAGCAACAUCUUCGACGACAGCGAUGAGGAGGAAGACAACUCUCACGGCUUCCCGCCCGUCACCCCGACCACAGAUGUGCCCAACCCGCCCCACCACGAGCGCUUCCACCAGCUCAUGGCGCAGCACCGGGCUCGCAUGGACGCCAAGAAACCCCCCCUGCCUCCCAUGCCCAACCUGAAGGGACCGCCACCACCCCCACCUCCACCUCCUGCCACCCCACCACCCCCACCUCCCAGUUUAUGAUGUAGUUUGUGACACUAGGACUUCAUCAUCAUCAGUAACAGGGUAGUCAUAUGUGGAGAUCACUUUUUUCAUACCAUUGGAGCAUACAUACGUACCAUUGAACAUACGUACCAUUGGAGCGUACAUACAUACCAUUGGAGCAUAACAUACAGCAUACUAGCUGGAAAAGCCUUUGCUUUUUAUUUUAUUUAAGAACUUUUUCAAUAGACCAGUGAAAUGUAGAUUUAAAAAAGAGAAUGUGUGUGUUUUUAAGAUUCAUUUUCCGUCUAUGUUGAUGACUUGAUUACUCACAGAGUUUAAAAGUACUUAAAUGAAAAAAAAAAAAAAA